UGCAAUCGAACGAUCGUCAUCCUCGUCGGUGUGAAAAGUGACAAAUGGUUCUCUCUCAUUCCGCCGCGAUCGUUCAAUCGAGCGUCAGUCAACACGUCAAGUUCCACUUUGGGUUACACGAAAAGAAUAUUAUAUUUUUCUCAUAUAAAUCCUUUUCAAUUUCAUGUUUUCAAUAGUUUUAGGACACUAUCAAUAAGAUCUUGGACUAAGGAACAAAUUUUAGCAAAUUUUUAACAACACAUUUCGGUUUUUAAAAUAUAAGUAGUGCAUAUGAGAUGAAAGGGUAAUCGAUUACGAAGCAUGGUUACAGAAUGUCUUAAUCUGUUCUUCGGUUACAAGGAUCUAAGUUUCGCUAUAAAACUAGCUGGAAUUACCCGGCAUUGCUCGACAAUUGCAUUAUUACAAAAUGUCAAGGGAGUGAAAUCAGGGGAAGGUGGUAGGGGCUCCGGUUUUAUGCGGUCUAUACUUUCCUAAAGAGUAACUAUGUAAAAUUUGUUCCAGAUCAGUCAACGGAUUUAGAAGAGUAUUAGGUAACACAGCGGACAAACACUUUAUCAUAUAUAUAUAUAUAUAUAUAUAUAUAUAAGUUCUCUCCAUGUAGAUAGAUCAUGGCAACACGUAAUAAUUCGGGUCUAUUAUCGUCCGAAAACUCGCCGACUUGGACGUUCGUGAACGUCGACACACGAGUGUCUCCAGGCUACCGCUUUCGCAACAGGUUUUAGCGCACAGUAUCGUUAACGUUAGCUUUCCAGUGCGAACCAUCGAAUAUCGUUGUUUUUACGGUCACUUUGGCGCACGCUCAUGUACGUUAUUACGUAUCGACUUCCCAACAGGAACUUUCUUUCAGCUGAUCAGUGGCGAACUCAGCUCGUCGCAGUAAUCGUUAUAUCAGUAUAGCAGUCCUCUGCCAUAUAGAGUAACAAUAAAUCUAGGAAAUAUGUCAAUUGCACUUUUUAUCACGUAGCGCGAGAUUGAAGUUCCUCGAGUUUGUGUCGAUAAGGUGCACAAGGUGAUGUACGUAUAUCCUCCGAGAAAGUGUGUGCUCUGGAAUAUUUGUGCGCGCAAUAAAGUGCGCUUCUAAUUCCGCUCGUGGCCGCCACAUGGAAUGUCUAAGUUAUUCGCCGUAUCAUCCCGUUUAUUUUGCGCCGUGUGUGUCUCGGCAACUUUCCACGGGAAAGAUUAGCUCUCCCAUAUCGAUCACGCACGUCACACGCGUCUGACACAUGCAGAAUGUACGCUGGCGAAGUCAUGUGCAAAUCGCGCAGCUAUUAAUUCGAUCAAGUUGUUCCUCACAUUACAAGGUAUUACGACGAAGUUGACGUGACAGCGGUAGCCAGUCAUUCCGUAAUAGUUGAAGCGUAUUCUUGAGGAAUUUCAUAGAACAAGACCCGGAAACCUACUUACUAGACGAUCUAUAAUUCGCGACGAGAUUCCACUUGCGAGAGAACAUUCCAAGAGAAUUACGCUUACUGUACAUCCGUGAAUGUUCUCUGCAUCAUUAAAAUGCAGAUACAAGAAGAUGUCGAAUUACAAAUGGAAUUCUGUCCCGAUCUUUGAAUUGUAAAUCGUCCAUAGGCAAGCUUGAUACGGUAUUUUGGUUGGUUUGCCUUCCCUUAAAUUAACGACCACUUCUUAUUUGCAUUUCUCCCUCCCAUUUCACUCGCGUGAAAAGUUGACAAGCGCAUUUACGUGCGAACGGUUCGUGAGUCGGUUUUCGUGCCUGUCCACAUCUCGGACAGGAUAACCGCUUGCACUCGUUUCCGGCAUAUCGCUCUCGUUUCCCCGUGGCUCGUGAGCGACCUUCCAUGAUCUCGAUUCCACGUCGUCUCGUUGGAAUCGUGGCAAAAUUACGCGCGUGCCCGGUAACUGAAAUGGGCCGUCUCAACCUGCGACCACACGAAAGGACCUCCCUCUUACCGAUUCUACUCCGUACUCGCGCGCUCGCACUCGACCGAUUCGCAUCGAUUUCCCUUUAGUCGUUGUUUACCGUCGCCGUGGGUUCGGCUGGUCGUUUCACUCGUCGGCCGAAUCGAGGGAGAGAACGAGAUCGUGCCGGAGUGCACGGGGAGAAGAACAAUCGAGCGAGGAAGAAAAGGAACACGAGGCAAAGGAAGUUCCACACCACGAUUUUUCAAAACUCAAUCGCGGCGAUCUAUAUUGGAACCUACGAAGAGAAAUAGACCGCCGCUAGGAACAGGAUUAUUCUGCUCUCCUGCGAUCGGUGUGUACUCUUCUUUAGUGGCAAACAAGUUGAAGCUCCGAAAGUGGAAGAGGAGAGAAAAAAUAAUUGCUUUCUCAGGCGUCAAUCAUACAUAAAAGAGACAGAGAGACGACAAAUAUAUUCCUCUUUCUGCUUUUUAUUCUUGCACGUCUACGUGCAAAGAAACGUGAAAAGAGGUCCACGAGCCCGAAGGGCCGUCGCCUUGCCACUUGACGUGCUUUUAAUUAUAGAGAUCAUCAAGAAAGCGUCGUCGGGGCUUUUGAUUGUACGAGCAAAGAGGACAGGUCGGAAGGAAGGUUAUCGCUGCGUUUUGUGCUCCUAGACGUGAAAGCUGUCACACGUCAAGCAAAGAAGACCGGCAGCGAAGUAUCUUUACAUUCUUCAGCAAUCGUGCCAAGUAUACCGAGCUGGUGUACACCGAGAAAAGGUCAGCUUUUUACUCGCGCGCCGGGCCAAGCAACGACAAGUAGCAAAAGGCGUCUCUUUAUCUCUUACACACACACACACACAUACAGCUUUUUGGUGAUCGAGGAAAAAAGUUCAGUCGCGUGUCGAGAGACGAAAGAAUGAGAUCCAUUUUUCGAAAAUAGCCGGUAACAUCGACAAGAGAUCCACGCGACGUUGUCUCGAUCGUGGAAGCUGUUAGUCAGCAAGGGAAGAGAUAAGUUACGAAGAAACUGUGAGGAACAAGGUACAGCCAUUGUCGAUAACGAAAAAAAAGAAAGCACAAGGAGGAUCGCCGACGGACGCGCGGGAGGAGAUGCCAGGCAGUUUUCUGCACUUUGACGGGGCAGGAAGAGAAAACUCGCAGCGUCGCGCGUAUAACGGAUGAAAAAGGUACGAGCGGACGAAGUUGGUAGGAAAAGUUGAGCGGAUAACGUUGGAAGACGAUCCCCUUUUCUCUUUCUCCCUCGAGAAAGAGAGAGCGCGCACGCGAUCAGGUAGACGUGGGAUAAGAUUAAACAGAGGGAAAGCUGCACACCGAGAGGGUCGGAAGAUAAAGAAGGGAUAAAAAUAGAAGGAUCCUGUGUCGCGAAUGAGAAUAGGAGGGAGAAUAAAAAGGCAGGGAAAAGGUGAAGAAAGAGAAGUACGGGAGGAAAAAGAAACAAGGAAAGACGCGUGAAAUCGAACGGAGUGGUGCGGCCACGAGAACAGUCAAAGAGACAGCAGCGGAUGUAACGGGGGCGAUGAUCAGAUAACAAUGAAGAAAUUCGCGGCGGAUUUCGAAAUUAGCAUAUUGUUCCUUUUGUUCUCGAUCUUUCUGGGCUGGCGCACCGCGGCGAUUUCGGGUCUGUCGACCGCACUCGCCGAGGGUUACGCGGGUGGCACGUCGUCGAUGCACAAGGUCCAGUUAACGCAAAAAGGCUACAUUCAGUUUCUCAGAUGGGAAUUGCCGGUGCCAGCGAUCCACGAGUUCACAUUCUGCCUGUGGAUGAAGUCGAAUGAUCUCAAGCAUCCCCACUCAGUCUUUUCGUACUCGAGGAACGAGCGGGAACGUUUGAUUCGAUCUUGGAUAUCGUCGCGCGGAAGGAGCGUUCACCUGGAAAUCGACGGCGUGGAGGUAUUCGGAUGGCCGAUCGACAUACGAGAACACCGUUGGUACCACAUAUGUCAAAGCUGGGAAAAUCGGGUCGGUCGUUACGCCCUAUGGCUCGACGGGCAUUUGGAGUUGCAAGGUCACUCCGAGCAGAUGAUCGAUCACGUGGUCCCAGGAGGCGGCGAUAUUGUCCUGGGUCAAGAAUACACGGACUUCGAUAAAGGGCUCGAGGAGGGCGUGGAGGGUGCGGUUUUGGGCUUCAAUCUUCUGCUGGCCUCGGCGUUUGAUUUUCUCGAUAGCGGCUAUCAAAGGCUCUCAUCCUCGCCGGCCAUCGCGGUGGCUACCAAUCUGGCCGAGGACAAUCCCUAUACCGCGAGAAUUCGAACGAAAAUAGCGACGGCCGAUGCGAAUCGCGGAUCUGCAUUCGACAGACUCGUAUCCAGUCGAUUUGCGCUCGGUCCUAAUUGGUCUCGUAGAAUCUUUCGGAGCGACGGCGCGAGAGCGACGCCGGAGGAGAGUUCCGCAAUCUCGUCGUCGCACCUGUCGAACGCUACCGACGACACGUGGAGAGAAAGAGCGUCGCCAGUGCGCAGAAACGCGAUCUCUCUCGGCGCCGAUCAUGGGAUCGGAGAAAUCAAUGCGCUCGAGAUAUCGCCAGGCGCUCCCUUGGGUCUGCAAUUGGUGAAAUUGUCCUACGUGCAUUGCCAGUUGGGCAGAGGCAGCCCUCCGAUAGGCGGCUCGUUGAUGCUGAUUUCCUGGAGCAGGACGCCCGUGAAGGUAUUCGGCGGUGCUACCAUCAAGAACGUUGGCAACGAGUGCGGUCGUUUCUGAGGAACCCCCUUCGGUCUUUCCUCCGCGUCGGGACGCCGGAGGAAAGUGCAGAAUCGAAGUCUGCGUCCCCCCACUCGGAUCCUCUCUUCGGGCUUUUUACUUCACAGGGCGUCGACCCUACUCUCGACGCUGUCUUCUUUCAAGAGAUUCUUUGAUAACAUUUUUAGAUAGGCGUUUAGAUGCCACUCUCGUGGGUAUCUCACGCGAAACUGUAUUCUUUUGCAUUACCAGACCAGUGCCAUGCUGUCGAGCUUAAGGCUUCUAUAUCCUCGCCGCGGUCAUCUUGAUUAAUGAUGGUUAGAAGAGCGAGAAAACGUAUGCCCAAAAAAUUCUUGCGUAACACGCGGCAAGUUCCACAUUUGUAAGGUAUUCCGAAAUUUUCAUUUUACUUUAGCAAUCAAUAAAUCAACGUGACAAAAUCAUGAGAAGAGACAGGCUAAAAAGAAAGGCUACGUUAACUUUACGGUUAACGUUAACUUUACGGUUACUUAUUGAUUCUGACUUCGUCAGAACGAAGGAGGAAAAUUUCCAGAAUAUUUGACAAAUGUGCUCAAUCGAUCCUAAGAGUUACUUUGUGAACACGUCCUUUUAUUUCAGUGUAUUUCGCAAGAAUUUUGGGUGUCUUCGAAUCGGGAGCCUUAAGACGGCCACCGAUGAUGGAUGAAGGACGUAGGGAACUCGAUAAUUUCGAUCGAAAACGAAAUCGAAAACAAUGAAUAAUGGCUUUUCACCGAAUUGGUGACACGCAGAGGCGAAGCAUAACAGUUAGCAUAUGCCAUAAUAUAGCGGUAAUGUACCUGUUGACAUGUAAUGUCGCGCUUGAUUAAACUAGAAAUUAA